GGAGAAGAAAAAAGCAGUAAGCCCAACAGCUCCCACUUCAAAAGAUCCAAAAAAUAUAAUUGAAGAACUUGCUACAAGACAUCUAACUGAAGAUGUGAUGAAUAUGGCACAAGUUUUCCAAGAAGAUACAGGACAACCACAGACAAUUGAGAUGAUGAACAAUCGCAUGAUAGAAAUAAUGAAAGUAUUUGAAAGACAAACAAACAAGUUACACAGAGCUGUAAAUGAACAGGAUGUGCUGGAAAGUAAAUUUCAGAAAAUACAGCAAGAAUUUCGAAAUCUAAGAGAAGAAAAAGAAAUAAUGGAGGAUGAACUUCAAAAAAUGAAAACUUCAGAGGAAGGUAAACAAGCACCAGAGACAAGAAAAAAAAUGUUAUCAAAACUGGUGAAAAUUGAAGAAAAAGGAACUACUGAAGAGAAACAAGUUCCUUCAGAAAAGGCUCAUUUAACAAAGGAAAAAGACCCUACACAAAUGAAAGAAGAUUUAUAUAAAGCUCAGGAAGACAUUCAAUCCCUUCAGGAAGAGAAGAAAAUGCUUGAGGAGAAGCUAGAGAAAGCUUUACAGGAAGUUGAAAUGGCAAAGAUACAACUUGCUGAAAUACCUCCAACUAUUCCAGACUGGCAGUUCCCUUUAUCAGCAGGUGUGGAAGCGGUACCAAAGAAAGGCAAGAAAACAUCAAAAGGAAAAGCUAAAGGAGAUGAUUUAAAAGAGGUACCUAUUAGUGGAACAGAAAAAACAACCCCCAAAUCACAAACGGGAAAAACAAGUGAAGUGCUUCCACGAAAAAGUCAGGAACUUUCUAAAUCAAAAGGAUCAGCUGGUGUUACAGAAAAGGUUUUAAAACAGGCUUCCCAACCUGAAGAUAGUGAUAAAAAAAGGGAAGAAUCUAAGAAAAUAAAAUCUGAGAUGGUUGAUUCCAAAGAUGUGUCAAAAACUAAGGAUUCUUCUGAAAUGAAGAAGCGACGCCUGAAGGGCGCAGGGAAAGAUGUAUCUAUAGAAGAAAAGCAGCAAUUGCCUGAUUCUGCAAAAGAUGAAAAAAUAUUGCCAGUGAUUUUAGAUAAACAUGUAGAAAUGCUUCCACCAGACUCAAAAAGCCGGAAAGAAGAAAUUACUAUAUCUCCUCAACAACAUGUGCCAAGUACUAAACAGAAAACUUUGCAAAUUACUCCAGAAUUCAAAAUGAAGGACACAGCUGAAGCUAAGCCUUUAACAUUGCAAAAAGAAAUUCAAAGACUUGACAUAGACUCAGCAGGACUUCAAAAAGAGGAGGAAAGUCACGACUUGAUCAAUAAAAGUAUGCUUCAGUUAAAAGAUCAUUUGACUGAACUAAAGGGAAUGAUUGAAGCUGAAACUUUAGCAAAACUCUUGCUUGAGUCUGACAAUGAAAAAUUACCAGAGAGACAAAAACUUGAGUUACUUCAAAUCCUAAAUCAGCUGAUAAUUCCGGAUGAAAUACAGCAAGCUGGUGAAAAAGAGGACGAUGAAAAAAAAAGAACUUUGCUUGCAAAUAUAGUAUCGGCUGUUAGGCUUUUAUUGCAAGAGCAGCCUCCUGAAGCUGAUCUCUCAGAGAAAGAAAAAAAUGAUCUGGUAGAAGAAAGAACAGCCAUCCUUUCAAUCCUAGACUCACAUGUAAAAGAUUAUCAACAAGUUAGAAAACACGAAAAUAUUGAAACAGAAAUUAGGAUGCUUUCAGAAGAAAGAAUCCAGCUACGUGCACAAGUGGAAUUAAAUAUGAAAGAUUUGGAACAAGCCCAGGCGCUUGUAUCUUCCCAGCCAUCAGAAAUUAAUGAGAACAGAGUAAAAGAAGUGGAAAAACAAGGGGCACUAUUAGCUGAUAAACUGGAGGCAAAUCAACAAGAACUUGAACGUGUUAGAUUCUUUGAAGAGAAGAAGAUUGAUAAACUGUCAAAAGAGAGCCUAUCUUUGCUUGCAACGUUGAAAUCAAUUGUAAAGGAGCUAGAAGAAACUGAGGCUCUUGCAGCUACCCAACCAAGCAUUAUUUCUGAUUUAAAAAUAAAAGAAUUAACUGAAUUAAAAAAUGAAGUGACUGAGCAUUUAGAGCAAAAUCUGCAGAAUAUGCAAAAGGCAUGGUCUUAUGCUCCAGGACUUACAAUUGAAAGCAGACUUCAAGAAAAGGAAUUAGAGGAAUUGCAUGAACUAUCCGAACUGAAGAAACAAUUACUGGAAACACUGGAAUCUAAUAAGAAAGCACUACAAGAAGUUCAAGACCUUGCAGCUGCCCAGGCUUGCAGUGUCAAUGAGCAUAUGUUACAGGAAUUAACUGAGCAAAGAAGUCAUUUGACUAUAGAUCUGGAGGCAACACUAGAUGGCAUACAAGAUGUAUGUCAUCGACCUGCAAAAAGAAAUACAUUUAUACAACCUUCUGAAAAGGAAUUGUAUGAUUUACACAAACUAUCUGAAAAGAAGGGACAGUUACUUGAAAUGUUGGAGUCUAAUUGGAGAGAGCUAGAAGAAGUACAGGAAUUGGCAGCUAUUCAACCCAGCAAUAUUACUGCAUAUAAGUUGCAGGAGUUAACUGAGCAAAGAAAACAGGUGACCACAGAACUGGAAGCAACUCUAGAUGGUAUUCAAAAUAUAUGUCGUCAGACUUCAGAAACCAGUACAUUUACACAGCCUUCUGAAAAGGAGAUAUUUGAGUUGCAUGAACUGACUGAGAAGAAGCAGCAAUUACUGGAAGCGCUAGAAUCUAGUGAGAAAGAACUACAUGAAAUUCAGGAGCUUGAGGCUACCCAACCAGGUAGCAUCAAUGAGCAUAAGCUGCAAAAAUUGACUGAGCAAAAAGGAUUUUUGAUUAUGGAUUUGGGGGAAACCCUAGAUGAUAUAGAAAAGUUAUGUCGUCAUAAUUCAGAAAGAAUUACAUUUAUACAACCUUCUGAAGAAGAAUUACAUGAAUUGAAUGAAUUGUCUGACAAAAAACAUCAGGUACUGAAAACACUGGAAUCUAACCAGAAAGAGCUGCAAGAAAUUCAGAAAUGUGCACCUAUCAAACCAGACAGUGUUACUGAGCAUAGGACGCAGCAAUUAAAUGAGGAAAGAACAAGUUUGAUCACAGAGUUGGAGGCAACUCUAGAUGGUAUGCAAAAUGUUUGUCGUCGUGCUUCAGAAAAAAUUACAUUUAUACAACCUACUGAAAAAGAAAUACAUGAGUUGCAUGAACUAUCUGAGAAGAAACAUCAGUUACUGGAAACACUGGGCUCUAAUCGGAAAGAAAUACAAGAAAUUCAGGAACUUGUCGCUACCCAACCAGACAGUGUCAGUGAGCAUAAAUUGCAAAAGUUAACUAAACAAAGAAUACAUUGGACCUCAGAUCUGGAAGCAGCUGUAUAUGAUAUACAAAAUAUAUGUCAUAAGGCUUCAGAAAGGACUAUACUUAUACAAUCUACUGAAAAAGAAUUACAUGAGUUGCAAGAACUAACCAAGAAAAAACAACAGUUACUAGAAAUACUGGAAUCUAAUUUGAAAGAGAUACAAGAAAUUCAAGAACUUUCAACUACACAAUCAGACAGUAUUAAUGGAAACCUGCUCAAUUGCAAAACAUAG